AUGACUACGAGAAUACCCUACGCUGACAAAGGAAAAGGGAUAGCGUACCAGGCCGACUCCAGCCAACGGAAGCGUAUCAGAGCUCCGGAACUGGACACCUUAGACCUGGUAAGAGAGAACAGGCUCACGCUCAUAGGACGCCUAACUAACCCUACAGAGCAGAGAAUGAGAGCUAUGUUUGCUUUCUUCACGGACCGGUGGGAACUCAAACGAGGCUUUGAAGGAUCUGACUUGGGCCACGACAGUUUCCAACUCCGCUUCAAUCUGGAAGAAGACCUACAGAAGGUCCUCAAGAAGAGACCAUACCAGUUCGGCAGAUGGAUGGUCAUUAUACAAAGAUGGGAACCGGUCAUCUCCCCACUCUUUCCGUCGCAGAUCCCGUUCUGGAUCCGACUUAAGGGACUCCCACUCCACUACUGGAAAGAAGAGCUUCUACGCAAAAUAGGCAGGGAAGUGGGAAGCCUCAUCAACCAAGAAGUCACAAAGGCUGAAGCAAAAAUUCACGUCUUUAUAAACGCGCUCAAGCCUCUGGUGAAGGAGACGGUCAUCGAGUUCGCAUCUGGCGAGGAAGCGCUGGUGAUGCUGGAAUACGAAAGACUAGGCUUCCACUGCUCAAUAUGCAAUAAACUGUCGCACGUCUCAAGGGACUGCAAAACCAUCGAGAAUACAACAAAAAAGACGAAAAACCACGACCAUGAGGGACCGGAUAGAGAACCGGAAAGGAGAGACGAAGAAACAAGGCCGAAUAGGGAACAUACCCGAGACUUUAGCCACAGAAGGGACAGACAUGGCCACUCUUUCGGAGAAAGAGGCAGAUACAGCAACCCUACGAGAGAGGAAGGCAGAGAAAAAUCCGUGGAAUCAAGAACCCGCCAAAAUGAGCGAACAAGCGGAGGAACUCGGGAGAGAGAGCAACACCAUAUAAACCGGGAACCUGUGAGUUCCAACGGGUAUGGAAGAAGAGACAUGCGUGAGUUCCUGAAUCAAAGAGAAUCAAGAGGGAGAAGGCGUAACACAGAGGAACUCCAAUGGAGGGAAAAAACACAAACGGGAGAGUCAAGACACGGAUCGCUACAAACAAGAGAGGCGCAACCCACUUACCGCACUCCUCCGAGACAAGAAGCAUCCCACCAAAUCCCAGGAAUCCCCACCACUGAAGAAGUAAUGGAAGAGCUGAGAGAAGUCACCGUCCAGUACGUAAACUGUCCCGACCCUGGGGAAAGCGCUGCGAGACAACAGAGAGUAAAUCAGUCAGAGGAGCAAGGGCUCUUGGCUACCACAGCUGAAAAUAUCAUAGCGGCGGCGACAGAUACAUACUACAAAACCCUAAGUUUUGGUCAAGAGGAACAGAACCUAGUGCAAGAAGAUAGUGAGGAAACUGAAGACCAAGUUCACAGAGCACAACCUAUCCCAAAGAAGAGAAGGGGCAGACCCCCAAAGAAUAAGAGAAACAGCCCUAUGGUGGGAACAAGUUUAAGAAUGAGAAUGUUUACACAGAACCAGAACUCACCUCAUCCCAGAAACAAGCAGACGCGAGUGUCAAACUCCAACGUGGCAGGACCAUCCAGGCGAAACACAUCGGGACAACGAGAUGAAACGCAGGAUCCAAGCAGACAACAACCAGUGGGCACGAUCAUACCGGCUACUACAAGAGCGACGGGGGAUUUUCGGUGUCCACCAAGUCAAAUUCCUUAA